AUGUCAUCCGGCUAUCCAUACAACCCGGCGCAGCAGCCGCACCAAGUGGGCGAGACUUCUGGCGCGCCCUUGCCCGGGGAGCGGCAGAACCUGCAGCAGAACCUGCAGCAGCAGCACCCCUACAGUGGGUACCUUGCGCAGCCCUACCCGUACCAGGCGGCGGUGCCCCCGGCCUCGCGCCCGGCCUUGACAUACGACUACUCGGGCAGCUACUCGGGCCACUCAGGGACGCCGUCUGCCGGGCUGUACUCGGCGGCAGCUGCAGGCGCAUCCCAGCGUGCUGGUGGCUACCUCAUGCCCAGUUACACGGCGCAAUACGGCGGGUACGCGGACUACCAGCAGCUCCUCCAGCAGACGCAGGGGCAAACUUUGUCGCCGGUCGCGAUCGGCCGCGCCGCAGGGACUUCGUUGACCUAUCCAGGGGCGUCGGGCGCUGCGGGCAGCACAGCCAUGAGCUCGGGCGAGGGCAACAUUGCGAAGGACGAAAAAAUUGAGUCACGGGUUCAAUCCCAGGCACAGGCACAGGCACAGGCACAGGCACAAGCUCAAUUGCAGGUUCAAUCGCAGGCCCAGGCACAAUCACAGGCUCAGGUGCAGGCCCAGGUUCAGGCACAAACACAAGCACAGCCCCAAACCUACGUGUCGGCAUACGGGAGUUAUUACCAGCAACCACAGGCAUACCAACAACCUUCAGCAGUUUACCAGGGAUACAACUACGGGGUGGGCUACGGGGCACCUGGUGGGGCCCCCGGUGCGGCUGCCGGGUACCCCUACUACGGGGCUGCUGCUUAUGGGAGCACAGAAUCUGUGUUGAGGUACACAGGCACUGUUGAGGAUGGAAAAGAGAUGUCACAGCAACCGGAUGCAUUGAAGCAAGACCGGCAGCAGCGUCGGCCACACCGCAGAACGAGAAAUUCGCUUGAUGAUACACCGUUAAGCCCAUCGGUGGGUCAGGUGCAGCCGGUGGGCGUGCGGCCAAAAAUUACAACGAUUAUGUGGGAGGACGAGAAGACUUUGUGCUACCAGGUAGAGGCAAACGGUGUGGCAGUCGUCCGGCGGGCCGACAAUGACAUGAUCAACGGCACAAAGCUCCUAAAUGUGGCCAAGAUGACCCGUGGCCGGCGAGACGGCAUUCUCAAGGCCGAAAAAACACGCUACGUCGUCAAAAUCGGCUCCAUGCACUUGAAGGGAGUCUGGAUUCCGUUCGAGCGGGCUCUUCUCAUGGCCCAGCGCAAGAAAAUCGUUGAUCUGCUUUACCCGUUGUUUGUCAAAGACAUAAAACGUGUUAUUCAGCAGGGCAACCCCACCUACCGCUCCGAGUCUUACUACGGGCUGCAGGCGGACAAGGAUGUGGAGAAGAAGACUGAAAAGAGCCUGGACGGGGUGCAGGACCAGGACCAGGGGCAGGAGCAGCGAAAUUCGCACGAUCAGGCCUCGCACGAGGAGCAAAACCCUCGGGAUGCAUCCGUGCACCCUGAGCAGCAAGGUUUGCCGCGUUCUGUGCGAUCGGGGCAUCCAGAGCACGAUCAGCCGGCAAGUUCUGCAGAUGCAAAUGCUGCAAAUGCAAGUUCUGCAGAUGCAAAUGCUGCAAAUGCAAAUGCUGCAGAUGCAACUUCUGCAACCGCUGAUCCUGCGAAUGCAAAUCCUGCAAACGCAAGUGCUCCACACAUCUCUGCACCGACUGCGCCAUCAAAUCCUGCAAACCCGCCAACACUCCCCCCAACUACUCUCCGCACUCCACAGCAAAAUCCACAAAACAAUCUCCCCUCUAUCCGCUCGGUGCAACCUCCUCCACCCUCUAACCCCUCCCAGUCCAUCCCAUACUCUUCCUCCCAGUACUACCCGGCGGGUAACCCUCCUUCCGGCUACUACUACGGGCCCCAGUACUACUCCCAGCCAUACCAGGUGAGGGCCUCCUCUCAAUACGAGUCCCCGCAUGACAUCAAGCACUAG